AUGGAUAUUUUACGAUCAGUUGAAAAUCUACUCGUAAAUCAACUAUCAUCCGCGACCCUCUCAGCAAAUGACCUAACCACUCAGGUUUUGCCUUUGCUGCGAGGACUUAAGGACGAUGAACUCUUAUCACAAGCGUCGAGUGCAGUUUUCGGCGAUAAGCAACAACGGAUACUCAAAGUUAUCAUUGAUUGCCUUAAUACGGCGAUCAAAGCAAAACAAGCAUUGACGGAGGCACUGGUUGAUCCCGUCAUAUAUCCGGAGUGGUUCAGUUCCUCGAAUUUAGUGCCUUGGAAAUGUAUAUUAUUAUAUGGACCGCCUGGAACAGGUAAAACUCAUCUUUCACAAUCGAUUGCUAAAGAGAUCAGUUCUCGAUUUUAUCAGGUAACAUCGUCUGAUUUAAUAUCAACAUGGAGCGGCCAAAGUGAGAAAUUAAUUCGUGAUUUGUUUGAUCAUGCAAUUGCAUAUGCGGGCUCAGCGGUCAUUUUUAUCGAUGAAGUAGAUAGCCUUUGCCGUGUGCGGACAUCAAUGGAGAGUAACAAUAAUCGAAGAGUUAAGACGGAGCUGCUGAUACAGAUGCAGCGAUUACAUAAUUCUAUUAAUACAGUUUUACUUAUUUGUGCCACGAAUUGCCCAUGGGAUCUAGAUACAGCCUUUUUGCGAAGUAUUCACAUAGAUGCUUUUUUUAUUAUAAACAAUUUUUCAAUUUUUUUUAUGUUCGAAAAGAAAAUAUUCAUUGGACCACCAGAUGCACCUACUAGAACUGCUUUAUUGAAAAAAUUCCUUUCGAAAACUUUGCAUUCAAAUCAAAUUGAUUGGUUAUUGGUCGAGAAACUUACAGAAGGCUUCAGUGGUGACGAUUUAAAACGUUUGGCUCGUGAACUUGCCUUUGCGCAGUUCCGUAAAUUUAAGGAAGGGUUACAAAAAGACCAUUUGAUUCCAUCUUCGACAUUUCUUAAAUCGGAUCGGAAGAAUGAAUUCAUGGUUAUGAAUCCACUUACAACUAACGAUUUCGCUGAGAUAUUGCAAUCUUUUUCGCCAGCAAUAGAUUUGAAAUCAUUAUCAAACUUUGAACUAUUCAACUGCUCAUUUCAUCAGUGA